AUGGCCGAAAAGCCAGAUAUUACCGUGUCAAUUGACUUGGGCACCACAUACACAGGCGUUGCGUGGAUGACCCCUAGAACGCCAAUCCAGGUUAUCAAUGACUGGCCUGGAAGCGGUGAUAGAGGAGAGCGCAAAGUCCCGACGACUCUCAUCUACAAUGCAGAUGGCACAUUGUCAUCUUGGGGAUAUCUGUGUGAUGAUGACGAUGAGACAUUGCCAGGCAAGAUCCGGCGAGACUUUUUUAAAAUCUUCAUCGAUGAAGAAACGCUCGUCGCAGCUCAGCAACGCGGGUUUUCCAACGUUCCAAAGAGUCCGAAAGAAGCCCAGAUAUUUGCAACGGAAUAUCUCCAUCAAGUGUAUCUUCACGUGAAAGAGACUAUUGAGAUUCAGAUUGGCAAACAUCAAUUUGGCGGCUGGGCAGACAUGGCUGUGACUUUCUUAUUCAGCGUGCCCACCACAUGGACGCGUAUGGAGAUUAUCAACAUCUUCAAAGGCAUCAUACGAGAUGCAGGAUUUGGCAUCGGUGGCCCCAAGCACAUGGCGCAAGUUGAUCUCACAGAGGCUGAAGCUGCUGCUGUUGCCACACUCAAGACAAGUGCAGUGGCAUUCAACCGUGGCAGCUUGUUUCUGACAGUUGACGCGGGAGGAGGCACGACAGAUUUGGCGCUGAUGCGAGUAACAUCGAGUGAUCCCAAUUUCCCCCAAAUGGCGCAGAUAUCUGCCGUCAAGGGCGUAGGUAUUGGGUCGACACUGAUCGAUCGAGCGUUUGUCCGACUGAUUAUGGAGAGGUUGGCGCGUCAUCCGGAUGUUAAAACCCAACUUCCUGGCGAUUUUGCCGUUCGAUUGUCCAAAAGUCACCAUUUCAAGAUUUUAAAGCACAAGUUUGGAGAAAGAGUCUAUAUGCAGCCUGUGUUUAAGCUUCAGUUGGAAGGCGUAUCGCAUGAGUUUAGCCAUGCGGGACUAGGCGUGGAAAACGGCAGAAUGUUAUUCACAAUGGCCGAGAUUCAGUCUCUUUUUGACGUUCAAAUUGAGGGCAUCAUGAAGCGGAUAACUGAACAGCUGAACUGGCUGAGCGAACAUGGACAUACAGAGCAAGUGGACUACAUGAUCCUAUCCGGUGGACUCGGCAGUUCGGCCUACGUACGCGAUAAAAUACAGCAGCAACUCAUCGCUUACCCGCACAUCAACGCCAUGAGAGUUGCAGUGGUGCCAUGUCACGACCCACAGCUUGUCGUCGUGAGAGGUCUUCUUCUCGAUAAUCAGCAGAGAAUGGAUACAGGAAACGUUCCCGUUCUAGCAGCGCGAAUCGCUCGCUCCAGCUAUGGCAUAAUUGUGAGAGAAAUGUAUUCUUCAGCAACGCAUUUUGACGAAGACGUCGUUCAGGACCAGUGGAAUCCUAAAAAGAAGUGGGCUGUAAAUCAGAUUCAGUGGAUUAUUAAAAAGGGAGAUGUAAUUGACCCAAACGUUCCUUUGGUAAAGUCGUUCGAGUACCGUCUGGGACCGGAUGACACAACAAGAUGCUGGAACGCAGAUAUAGUAGUUUCUCAAAAUGAGGCGUCGUUUCUACCAAAGAGCUUAAAACACGCGGGUGUGACAAAACUCUGUAUAGUAAAGAGCAAUCUAGAGGGUAUAGAACAACACCAGCUCCUUCUAAAACAGAAGCGAGGCAUAUGGUUCCGGAAAGGAUACAAAUUUUACAUUUGCAGAUUUGAUCUGCGCGUCAUCGUUGCGCCGGCGGACUUGAGAUUUGAGCUAUGGUUUGACGGGCAGAAGUUUUCUGGGAAUCAUGAGCCUGUAACGCCUCAAUGGGCUGAAGCAGGACUCAAAGUCAAUCAAGAGUAA